AUGGGCAAGCUGCUGGAAAAGGGCAGCGCUAAAGACGAUCUGCACACCAUGGCCGAAAUCCAAGGGAUGUGUCUUGGUACUGCUUACACAGGGAUAAACGGUGUGCUGGGAUUUGUAGAAGUCGCAGGUUUGCAGAAGACACAAGCUGGUACUGGGUACAAAUUUAACACAAUAGGUGGCAGAAUGACCCCAAGAGUGACCACAGGUGGAGCUCAAGGCGAUUUGGAGCACAACCCUUGCUGGGCUGAGGGACAUGCCAAGGUGCUGUACUAUUUGCUGCCACUGAUUGCAGGUAUUUUGGUCUUUCAUGGUGCUGAACAUGAGGCUGUCACAGCCAGCACUGCUCAAAUGUCCCCAGAGGCUCCAAGCCUCGUGGCAGCCAGCUUUGCCAAUACUGGGCUCUGCAUGGCCUUCUAUGAGAGCACCUUCAACGUGCCAGCGCAGAGCAUCGAAGUGGAUGGCAAUGCUGACUACGGCAUCUUCCAGCUCAGCAGCCAGCUGUGGUAUACCAACAACUGCAGCCUCUUGGAUAACCACUGCCGGAUGGCUUGCAGGGGCACCGUGGCACAGGAGAGGAGGCAGCAGCCUGAACCGUCUUGCUCUGCUUAA